UGUGGUACUGCGUGCGGAAGAGCUGCACCUGUUGAUGUGUUGUUCCUGAAGCUAAACACCUGCAGCUUGCUCACCUCUAGAGAACUCACCUGUAGAGGAAACUCACCUAUAGAGAACUCACCUGAGACCCUGAGACCCUGAGAGGGUGUGUGUGUACUUAUGGAUAAACUAAAGAAGGUACUGAGCGGACAGGAGGACGCAAACAGCGACGGAACCGGAAUCAUUGAGAGAGCCAAUCAGGCGUCCUCGUUGGCCUGGAAGACCCGGAUGAAAGGCUUCGGGGUCUGCUUCGUGCUCGGGGUCCUCUGCUCGGUCCUGGGCAGCUGCCUGCUGUGGCUCCCCCGCGUCGGGCUGGUUGUGUUCGCUGUCCUCUACAGCGUGGGAAAUAUCAGCGCUCUGUUCAGCACCAUGUUCCUGAUGGGUCCGCUACGGCAGCUGAAGUCCAUGUGCGCUAAAGAGAGAGCCAUCGCUUCAGCCAUUAUGAUGGUGUGUCUGGUGUUGACGCUCUGUGCUGCUUUCUGGUGGAAGAACAACGGCCUGGCGCUGCUCUUCUGUGUUCUCCAGUUCCUCGCCUUCACCUGGUACGGCCUCUCCUACAUCCCCUUCGCCAGGGACGGAGUCAUGAAGCUGUGCUCGAUGUGCGUGUGAGUGACAGCCUCUAUCGACCAAUCAGGACGCAGGAUGCUGUGAGUGUGUCCAAUCAGAAGCCUUAAACAUUUCAACCUCCAGAAAAACUACAAAUCAGUGCCUUGAACAUUUCCUCUACGUGUCUCUUUGUUGUUGCAGCCACUGAUAGCUGUUAGCACGUUAGCUGUUAACACGUUGGCUGUUAGCACGUUAGCUGUUAGCACGUUAUCUGCUACCUGCCUUUACUUAUAUUUGUAUUUUUAUUGAAGCUGCUGCUCAGUUUUAUAUUCUGAGAUAAUUAAGAACAAAUUAAUCUACAGCAUUAAAAACAUCUUACUCUGAAAUUAAAAGAUAACAUGAAGACGGAGCUUUUAUUUUGGUGGGAUUUCAGAGUCCAUAAUUGAGUUAAAAUAAAAUAAGUGUAAUACCAACAUUAUAAUAUUAACCAAUAGUGCUUUUUCCUGAUGCUUUAAAUCAAUCAUUCGUCAUUUUAUGAUCAACUUGAGAAUUCCAUCUUCAUUAAAGAGUGGCUUUUCAAAAUAAAGUUACAGAAGAUGUCACCUCUUUAAACUAUUUCAAGUGAUUGAAUUAAGACAUUACAUUCUUACUAAACAACACACACACACACACACACACACACACACACACACACACACACACACACACACACACACACACACACA